AUGAACGUAAAACGAAGCUCCGUCAUUCGAAGCGACGAAUGUGUUGUGGGAUCUCGAGUCUUUGUCAAUAAUGAACUUUCAGGCACUGUUCGGUUUAUUGGUACUACCAGUUUCCAAACCGGAAAAUGGGUUGGAGUAGAGUUGGAUGAAGCUUUAGGAAAGAAUAGCGGUGUAGUUCAAGGAAAAAGAUAUUUUGAUUGUAAAAAUAAUCAUGGUGUUUUUAUCCGACCUGCUAGUGUCAAGGUGAUUGAAACUGCUAGUGCUGCUGCUGUAAGUUAA